AUGGGUGAAACGCAAGCUAAUCGACAGCCGUCGUGCUUCCCAUGCGAAGGAAGGAUCUCUGGGAUUGUUGAUCCACCUAAUGCUGUGGCUACCAUGGGUUCCCCACACCCAUCUUGGACCCAGGGACCUUCCUUUCUCCCACUGCUUCAACUCCUUCGGGCCGCUAAAAAGAAAAAGAAAAAGAAAAAGAAAAAGAAAAGAGGGUGGAUUUUGGUUUCAAUCAGGGAGUUGAUUGCCAUAAGGGCGCUCAAUUUCAAAGUUUCUUCCGAGUUCCAAUUACCCCACCCAUCUCUCUCUUCUCUUUUCUUCUCACCUCCUCUCUUAUCCGCCCUCUCUCUCCGCCAAUCCGCGUCUUCAAUCCUCCUCCUCCUCUUCUUCUUCCGUCGGAUUUCUUCGUCGGCGACCUCCUUAUCUCGUUUCCGACACCACCCUCCUUCGCACAGGUUCAAGCCGCUUCUGCGUUCGUUGUCCCCACUAGGAACCCUGGCGCAGAAGAUCGGGAAAUCGAUUCGUCGCCCUGGCGCUUCUUCGAAAGCUAGGGUUUAUGCCGAUGUUAACGUGAUCCGACCUAAGGAGUAUUGGGACUAUGAGUCCCUCACCGUACAGUGGGGGGACCAGGAUAAUUAUGAGGUUGUGAGGAAGGUGGGGAGAGGAAAAUAUAGUGAGGUGUUUGAGGGUGUUCACUGCACUGACAAUGAGAAAUGUGUCAUUAAGAUUCUUAAACCAGUGAAGAAGAAAAAGAUUAAGAGGGAGAUAAAAAUACUGCAGAAUCUUUGUGGGGGUAUAAAUAUCGUGAAGCUGCUUGAUAUUGUUCGAGACCAGCAAUCGAAGACCCCUAGUCUUAUAUUUGAGCAUGUUAACAAUCUUGAUUUUAAAGUUCUUUAUCCAACACUCCUGGACUUCGAUAUUCGCUACUACAUAUAUGAACUUCUAAAGGCAUUGGAUUAUUGCCACUCGCAAGGAAUUAUGCAUCGGGAUGUCAAACCUCAUAAUGUGAUGAUUGAUCAUGAGAAACGUAAACUUCGUCUUAUAGAUUGGGGUCUUGCUGAGUUUUACCAUCCUGGGAAAGAGUAUAAUGUUCGUGUUGCUUCAAGAUAUUUCAAAGGUCCAGAACUUCUUGUUGAUUUACAAGAUUAUGACUACUCUUUGGACUUGUGGAGUCUUGGUUGCAUGUUUGCCGGAAUGAUUUUCCGAAAGGAGCCAUUCUUCUAUGGACAUGAUAAUUAUGACCAGUUGGUUAAAAUAGCCAAGGUGUUGGGGACAGAUGAUUUGAACGCGUACUUGAAUAAAUAUCAAAUAGAAUUAGACCCUCAUCUUUCGGCUCUUGUUGGGAGGCAUAGUCGAAAACCUUGGACCAAGUUCAUUAAUGUUGACAAUCAGCAUUUGGCAGUCCCUGAGGCUGUUGACUUCGUUGAUAAAUUGUUACGCUAUGACCAUCAAGAAAGGCUAACUGCUAAAGAGGCAAUGGCCCAUCCAUACUUUUUCCCCAUUAGGAAUGCAGAAAGCAGCAGAACUCGGAACCAGUGAAAUCCAUUCCAGGUGGGAAACUGACAGCAGCGUGCCUCUGUAUUCUUGCAAAUCCUCUGUUGUGAUGUUUAAGAAAACUUUCAUUUGGUGUAACGAGGAAAUGUGC